CGACCCGGACAUCUAGCGUAGAGAAAGACCAAACCUCUAGCAGCAAAACGGCACAGAUGUGGAGGAUGAGCGACCGCAACGGUGGAAGGCGGCUGAGGCAAUGGCUGAUAGAACAAAUUGAUAGUGGGAUGUAUCCUGGGCUGAUCUGGGAAAACGAUGAGAAAACCAUGUUUCGCAUCCCAUGGAAACAUGCAGGCAAACAGGAUUACAACCAGGAGGUGGAUGCAUCUAUAUUCAAGGCCUGGGCAGUAUUUAAAGGCAAAUUCAAGGAAGGCGACAAAGCAGAGCCAGCCACAUGGAAGACCAGGUUGCGCUGCGCUUUGAACAAGAGCCCGGAUUUUGAAGAAGUGACUGACAGGUCCCAGCUGGACAUCUCAGAGCCGUACAAAGUUUACCGCAUCGUUCCGGAGGAAGAACAGAAAUGCAAAAUGGGGAUGGGGAACGGAUGCAGCUUGAACGAGGUCACGGACAUGGAGUGCAGCACUUCUGCAAUAGAAGAUUUGAUCAAAGAGCCCUCCUCGGCAGUGGAGGAAUACCUUGGCACCAUAAAAAGAAGCCCUUCGCCGCUGCAGGACAGUUGCAGAAAUCCACCCAUACCCGACUGGUGGAUGCAUCAGUCAAGUCCUGCGUUGUCCCUGAUGAGCGGGUUCACUGGUUAUGAGCCGCUUCAUUCAGGCUAUUCCCAGAUGGUGAUCAACUUCUAUUACGGAGGGAAGCUGGUAGGAAACACCACCACCUCCCGGCCCGAAGGCUGCCGCAUCUCCCUGGCUGAAUCGCCGUACGUCCUGGAGAACAACUUGGAGCACGUGCGCUUCCCGUCGGCGGACGUGAUCUCGAAUGAACGCCAGAGGCAGAUCACCAAAAAGCUCUUUGGGCACCUGGAGAGGGGCGUCCUUCUGCACUGCAACAAGCAGGGCAUCUUCAUCAAAAGGCUCAGCCAGGGUAGGGUCUUCUGGAGCGGCAACACCAUGCUCUACAAAGAGAAGCCCAACAAACUGGACCGAGACGAGGUGGUCAAGAUCUUUGACACAAACUACUUUCUCAGAGAGCUUCAUCAGUACUAUAACAAUCAAAACCGCUUCCCAAACAGCAAAGUUAUUCUGUGUUUUGGGGAGGAAUUUCCAGAUGCUACCCCUUCACGCUUCAAGCUGAUCCUUGUCGAGAUUGAGCAGCUGAGCAUUCGGCAACUGGUGGAGGAAGCUGUGAAGAAUGACAACAGCGCCAUGAUCCACCCGAUGGGAGAAGAGGUGCAUUAUGACCAGAUGUACAGAAACUUCCAGGAUUCUUGCGGGCCCCAUCAGAGACCCAUUUUCAGAGAGAACCAACAGAUUACCGUCUAAGACUCCUGUAAGGAGUGUAUUAUUAUUUUAAAGACACUUUUCCAAAGAAAAAGAAGAUUUGGGUUAGAUCUAUUUUCGUAUCAUCACCACUGAACUUCUCCCUCUGGAAGAAUUAUCUUGGCCUUUGUGUAUAGAUGCCGGAGGAUUUUUUUAUAUAGUUGUGGGUUGGGUGUGGGUUGUUUUCCAUUUAGAAUUUAACAUAAGUGACAAUC